UUCAUGAGAGAUUUGGAGGUACAAGGGAACAUACAUAUCAAUAGGAUGCUUCUAUAUACAUGAUGCAUAUAUCCCAUAUCUCAUGUUUGAGGCUCAAGUUAAUUAAGAAUAGAAUAAGAACAGAGAACACGAUGAAUUGAAGGAGGCAGAGAGGGAGACCUCACAAGAAUUCAUCACUGAGAUUCAAUUCAUAUUGCAGCAGGAGUUGAUUGAUGUGCACAGUAGCCAGCUAGUAGUAGCUAGUGUUGCACCCAUAUUCAUAUAUUCUCUAGACUUGAAAUUGACCCUUAAUGAAGGUCCACUAUCCACGUGGCAGCGCACCAACCAAAUAAGAAGAUUGAUUUUUAUAGAUAUUUAAUUUAUAUAUUUUAUAAGGAUUGCACAAGUGUGCUAAGGUUUUACUUUUAUUACUCUGUUACAUGACACAUCAUCACGCAUAUCUAGUUUGACAUUAAAUGAUAACGUGGGAAACAAAGAAAAACAAAUUAGCACCGCUUCUUUAAUUUCUUUUUGGGUUGAAAGAGCACUUACCUUGCAUUGCCCAUAAAUACCGACUCUCCACUCUAUAAUAUGCCACUGCCCCACAAUCACACUCCACACUCUACACUCUUCACUCCUCAUCACCCAAUCAACUAAUUAAUGUAUAUGCAUAUCUCUGUUUAAUUAUAUUGAGGAUGAAGAACAUGUGGAAGGUGGUGGAAGUGGUGAAGCCGGUGGUGUUGAUGGUGAUUGUGCAGAUAGCAAAUGCAUGGGUCAAUGUUCUCUACAAGCUUGCUGUCAACGAUGGCAUGAGCCUCAGAGUAGUUGUUGCCUACCGCUAUAUCUUUGCUACUGCUUUCAUUGCUCCUCUUGCUUAUAUUCUCGAGAGGAAGACAAGGACAAAGAUGACUUGGACCAUUCUCUUUCAGUCAUUCUUGUGCGGUUUAUUUGGGGGAGCAUUGCCUCAAAACUUACAAAUGGAAGCACUUGCUUUAACUUCUGUAACAUUUGCAACCGCCAUAUCCAAUCUGAUUCCAGCCAUCACCUUCAUCUUGUCUCUUUCUUUCGGAAUGGAGAGAUUGAAUUUGAAAAAAGCAGCAGGAAAGGCGAAAAUAAUAGGAACAAUGACUGGAAUUGGUGGGGCAAUGUUGAUGACAUUCUAUAGAGGCGUAGAAGUUAAGAUGCUAUCCUUUCACAUUAACCUCUUUAAUCAACGAAAUGGCAGCGGCGCCGUACACUCGUCACGUGGUGGUGGAGGGUUGUUCUUGCUGGGUGCUGUGUCGUCGUUCUCCAGCAAUGCGUCUUAUGCGUUGUGGCUAAUUAUUCAGGCGAAGAUGAGUAGAGCAUAUCCGUAUCCAUAUUCAAGCACUGCACUCAUGUGUGUAAUGGGAGCAAUUCUUUCUGUCACCUUCACAUUUUGUGUUGAGAGGGAUUUGACUCAGUGGAAGUUGGGUUGGAAUGUCAGACUACUCACUGUAGCUUACGCGGGUAUAGUGGUUUCGGGAGUAAUGGUGGCUGUGAUAUCGUGGUGCGUACGCAUGAGAGGUCCCUUAUUUGUCUCUGUUUUUAGUCCUCUUAUGUUAGUGGUUGUUGCCUUUGCUGGAUCCACCAUUCUUGAUGAAAAGCUAUAUCUUGGAAGGUACGCGGGUAAAAGCAAAGAGAUGACGAAAAAUCAAUUAGUGUCAUCAAAAAGCGACAAACUUGAAAUAGUGGUCAAGCCUCAAGUAGUACAUGGCGUCCAUAAGGAUGAUCAAGAUCAAGAUUCAUUCAAAAAAGGAGGAGAACAACAUUAAAUAACUAAUUAAUGAAUUCUUAAUUAUGUGCCUAACAUAGCACCCCAAAUUAAGGCAUUAUGUAUAACUUUUACAGCUUCUGCACAUAGAUGUAUACAUAGUAUUAUAAUGUGCCACUUGAUUAAUUAAUUGCUUUGCCAUCCUUUUCGAAUCGUGCCAACAUCUGAUAAUUUAACUAAUUUUCCUAGCGCAUUGGGCUCAUAUAAAACCAUAUAAUCAUGAGUGUUAUUAUAGCAUAGUUGAAUCAAUUAGAGGCAGCAAAGCAUGAAGAUAACCAUGGCGUUGCCAGUGAAGACCAUGCACCACAAGGAGGAGGAUAAUAUUAAUUAUAUGUUUUCUCGUACAGACCAAAUGAAGGCAUUAUAUGCACCUUUGCUUUGCCAUCUUUUUCUUUAUUGUAUGGAAAGGAAACCCUGCUUAAAUUUCUUAUGUUCUCUUACUCAUUUUAUUUAUGUAGCAUUUCUUUAUCUCUCUACA